AUGACGGAGGCGGAGCACAUCCCGGAAGAAAUAGUAGCCAACAUCCUCCGCCGGCUGCCGCCCAAAUCCCUAAUCAGAUGCACCGCCGUCUCUAAAUCAUGGCGGGAUCUCAUCUUAACACCUUCCUUCGGCCACCACUGCCACUCCCUUGUCAUCUGCAACCCUUCUCUCCGCCGCUACGUCAGCCUCCCCCGACCCCGCCACUACCGUUCUCUCUACACUGCCACUGUUGCCUUCGCCUUUGAUCCUCUCCAUCAAGAUUACAAGGUUGUCAGGCUCUCAUGCAUGGUCGACGAUGAAAGGUAUGGUUUCAGUGCACCCACUGUUGAGGUUUACUCUCUUGCAACUGGGUUUUGGAGAACUUUGAGUGGUUCUACUCCUGUUUGUAGUUUAGCUUGUGUGGGUAAGGAUGCUCCGCAUGGUUUUGUCAACAAGAUUGUGCAUUGGGGUGCACAACGCCGGGAGGGUGAUUACGGAUGGUACCAUUUUGUGCUGUCGUUUGACUUUGUUCAUGAGGUGUUUGGUGAGGUGUUGCUUCCGGAGAGCUUGGCUUAUGCGCCCGAGGACAGUGUCACAGUCAUUGGGGGUAGGGAGGAGCUUAGUGUGUUCUCCGUUGGUGGGGGAUUUCCCUCCUGCUGUGAAAUUUGGGUGAUGAAGGAGUAUGGUGUUGUGGAGUCUUGGAACAAGGUCUUUAGUUUCACGUUGAGGGGGUUUAGUUUGGAGGUGCCGGCAUGGGGGAUAUCGGUGGCUAAUGUGACUAGUCCACCAGUGGCAUUGUGCAUCAGGAAGAGUGGAGAGGUGUUGCUGCUUAUGGAUGAGACAGGAAAGGGAAACCUGUACUCGCUGGAUAUCGAGAGGAAAAGAUUUACAGAGCUCGGAAUUGGAGGGGAGGGAUACACAUGGUAUCUAUAUUCUGGUUAUUAUGCAGAAAGCUUGGUUUUGCUGAACAAUGUAAGUGGUUUGGUGUCUUACUGAAGUGGUAAUUAUUCCUUUAUACUUCUGCAACACAUGCAGUAGGAUACUAAAUUUCGUAUAUUUAUUAUCUGUUGUACAUUUUGUCAGAAUGAUAGUUGUUAGUUGUAUAGGUAAUGUAAACAAGGUGGUGUAUCUGUCUAUUUGUUGCAUGUAAUAAUAUUGUUCACUAGUAGAAAGCUCCAAGUAGUUAUCUCCUAUUAGAGUAGAUAUGUUAUGCUUGCUUUAAAUUUGGGUAAAAAAGAAUUGGAGCUUGUAUGGUGCUAAAACUUUAUCCACUAUUUUGGGAUGUAACCUCAACUUGAUUCAUAUUGCUGUGGAAUGUUGGCUUCCUUAGAAAAUGGGGGACAGAAGCAAAAGAAAACUUUUAAGUUUUAACCUCACAAGUCACAGGCGUGCUGCAGACCACAGCAAGAGAGUUGCACUUUCGGCUUCAAAUUUCAGUAUCCGAGUAAAAAACCAUACUCAAUGGAGGGAACAAGGAUUUUUGUUUUGGUGGGAGUAGUCUUUUUCUACUCUUGGGAAAUUACUGAAUUGGUCAUGGGUUUAAUGGCCCAAUUGAAUAGAGACCGAAUCCAAGUCCAAGAACAGAAGAUGUAUUUAUUUGGGUAAACUUUAUUUUUUU